AUGUCCCGUCCUGAAGAAGACGAUCAGACCAUGCUUCCUUCCCAGGAGGACGACCGUAUGGACGAGGACCUGCCCCAAGAUGAGGAAGGAGAGGGCGACAACGUUAUACCUCGUCAGUCAGAUGAUAGUUCGGAGGAGGAGGACGACGACGAGGAAGAGGAAAGGCGCAUAAGAGAGGGGUUUAUAGUCGACGAGGAUGAAGACGAAGAGAUUGAAGAUGAAGAUGACGAAGAUGCAAGACGCCAUAAAAAGCGUCGCAAAAGACGUAAGAAGCACCACCAGAGGCGGGAAGAAGAGGAAGAAGGCUUGGAGGAGGAUGAUCUCGAACUUUUGGAAGAAAAUACAGGUACCUCCUUCAAAAAGAGCAGACUCACAAGACUGGUUAGGCGUGGAGGAUCUGAAUCCCCACCAGCGGCGUCAUCCUCACGAGGGCGAAGAACUGUCGUGGAAUCUUCUGACGAUGAUUUGGAAGAUGGCGGCUUAAGGCAGGAUCACGACAUUCAGAGGAUAUGGGAGGACGGAGAACGCGACGACGAUGACGAUGACGCAGACGGAGAUAUAGAUGAUUUCAUCGACUACGAUGAUGACGACGAGGUCGGUAUGCCCAUGGAUGAAAAGGCUCGUGAACGACUACGCAAGCAGAGAAGAAAACAGCAACAGGAAGCACGGCGUAAAGCCCGUGGCGCAUUCCCAGAGUUGGCCGGCAUUGACGCUAAUGCGUGGGCUGAAAUUCACGAUGUUUUUGGAGACGGACACGAAUAUGACUGGGCACUCGCUGGUGAGGAUGAACCAGAGUAUGAGGACGAAGUCACAAAAGCCGAUUUAAACAUACACGAUGUCUUCGAACCCUCGCAAAUACGCGACUUCCUUUUGACUGAAGAUGACAAUUUGAUCCGCGCGCAAGAUACACCAGAGCGUAUGCAACUGGCGACAUCCUCGCUGUCACAGUCGGCUACCUUGUCACUCCAUCAGCCACUUACUGCCGACGAUCUCAAUGGUGCGGCCGGUUGGGUAUCUCAACGUAUCUCAACCCUCAAAACUAGCGAAUUCUUCCAGCCGGAAGGGAAACAUCAACAAUACAGCGGACCGCUCAUUCUAGCUGUCACUUUUGUUCUGCGGUGUCUGUUUGUCGAUGAAUAUGAAGUUCCUUAUAUCUGGGCACAUAAACGCGACCAUCUAUUUCACUUUGAUGUGAACGAUAUGGGAACACGGAUACAGCUUCUCAACUUAGCAGAACUGUGGAAGGUCUACGUUCUCGGACAAAAGUAUCGUUCCCUGGUCGAAAGACGCCAAGCAUUGACCGUUUCGUAUAACCGACUCCGUGUGCAGGAUUCAUACUACACAGAAGAGAUCCUCCCUGCAAUCACCAGUGUGGAGGUUGUAGCGGACGUGACAGAAUGGCUUAUGAUGAAAUAUAAGGACAAGCGACAAGACGAGAGCUCGUUCCAGUUCCAAGAAGAUGAAGAUGGAGCCAUCAAGAAACACAAAAUGCCAAGCCGCGUGUCUGCCUAUGAGUUUGCCAAGAAGAGUAUCGUCUCGAAGCUAGCAGAUGCGUUUGGGAUUAAGUCGCACGAGAUAAUCCUCAACUUCAUGGCCUUGCAACAAAUACAUUUUGUGGAGGACGACGAUUUGCACCCUCUCGUGCGCGCUGAACAGUUUAUCGAUCCUGACCCAAUGAAGGCACAACCGGGAGAGGAGCUGCUCCGACGAGCGCGAAUGAUCAUUGCCACUGAACUCGGAAAAGAUCCGCUUUUAAGAAAAGAAAUCCGCAAAAUUUACGAGAAAGAGGCCUUGGUGUCUGUAGAGCCCACAGAAAGAGGUGUCACAAAGAUAAAUGAAAGCCACCCUUACUUUGCAAGUAUCCCUUAUCACGUGUUUAUUCUCGAUCUAUAUCUAACCAUACGUACCUCUCAAGAACUUCAAAUACCUUGCAUAUAA